AUGGAUAAGGACAUGUGUAAAAGGUUCAAGAAUGUAAGGGAUAAAUUUCCUGAUAAAUUGAAUAAAGGAAAUUAUCAAUUUAAUGAUAAUAAAUUUUUCAAAAAUUAUUGUACUAAUGAAUGUAAUAGUAAUCUCGAUAAAAUUAGUGCUGGAUGUUUAUAUUUUUUUGAUACAUUCUUUAAGGAUGGCCAUGCAUUUGAGAUGGUUGCAAAAAGAAACAUAAAUAUUGUUGAAUACAUUUUGAUAUGGUUAAUUUAUAUGUUAAACCUUAUCAAAACUGAAGAAAACGACAGUAUAACGAUUUUUUAUAAUACAUACAUAAAGGAUGGUGGUAAGUAUACUACUAAUCUAAAUUAUAUUAGAAGUUAUAAUAGUUAUAAGGAUCUUAUAGAUAGAAGUUAUAAUUUUUUAAGUAAGGAUAUGAGUAUUAUAUCUAAAUUAUAUGAUGUAUUUAAUACAUUAUGUGACAUUUAUAAUGACCUUGAUACAAACUACUCAAAUUGCGCGAAAUGUUCGGAAAAAGCUCGUCAAUUUAUUGAAAAAUAUAAAGAAUUUAACAUAGAUUAUAAGACUGCUGAAGAUAACCCAUAUUUUAAUGUAUUGAUUAAUUUUUUAAUUGGUUAUGAUAAUUUAAAAGAUAAAUGUAGUGAUUUCCCAUCCAUUCCUGGGAUGCCAAACAAAAAUUAUGAUCAAAGAUCUGAAGUUGCAUCAUCAAGUUCAUCGAUAGUAAGCAAAUUAAUUCCAAUUUUAUCGAUAUUAGUUGCAAUAGCAAUUUUUUUAGGAAUUUCUUAUAAGUAUUCAUUAUUUGGAUUUCGGAAACGAGUUCAAAAACAAUAUUUAAGAGAAAAAAUAAAAAAUAUAAAGAAUAGAAUGAAUCGUUAA